AUGGCGAGGGGGGCCCCGACCGACCGACUGACACAGGUGGCCUUGGCCCUCCUGCCGUGGCUCAAUGAACGCUGCGGUAAAACGCACACAAACACCCCUCAAAGCAGCAGGCAGCAGAUACUCCAGAUCGCGGAUUCCGCCUUUUACGAGCUGCGUCAACCGAUCCUCAUCCCCCCUCGCUCGCUCGCUCCCACGGAGCCUUCGGGACGCUGUCGACGGACAAGAAGGCUUCCAUGGCUCGGGACCACGUCCUCGUCAGAAACAGAGGCGCGAGGGCGACGACGAAUCUCUUUCCCCGCUCGGAAAGGGAAUGGCAGACGCCUUUCGAAAAAGAGCAGCGAGAGAGAAAGGGUGGUGGACGAAAGAAGCGUCUGGCCAGAGCCGAGGGCGAGGCUUGAGCUCGGUCAACCGAGUCCUCACACAAUCGCUCAGCUGUGCAAAACAGCCCUAGAGUGA